AUGCCACAAGGCCGCCCACGACUACCUGGAACCGAGGCACAGCGCGCUGCUGCUCGACGGCUGCAAAUCAGAGAGAAUGUUCGAGCUUUCCGUCGACGGCAAAGGGAGCGCGAGUUGUCCGAUAAUCAAGCGGAAAGCACGGAUACCGUGAAGGAGUGGAGUUCUUCAGGCAGCUCAGCAGACAAGUCACAACCCGUCAAGGAUGAGGGUUCUUCAGGAAGCUCAGCAGACAAGUCACAAUCCGUCAAGGAGGAGAGCUUUUCAGGAAGCUCAACAGACAAGUCACACCCCGCUUCUCCAACCCCUCAGUCAAUCUCUUAUGAGAGACCAGGCCGCCAAAUUUCGAUACGACACGAGAGAGAAAAUAGUGAUUCAAGAUGGUCAUUAGCCCUGCCUUUCAGGAUCGAGUUGGGGCCUGCAUAUACCGGAGCUUUUAUCGCCGCAUACCAUUAUCGAACUUCACCAACCCCAGCACCUGGCACGGAGUCCGCAUCUCUGUCCUCCAGCGGUGACCCUUCGGUAUCCUCAAGGGCAGGUUCGCCCUUGUCCCGCAGCACCACAACCUCCAAAGUUCCUCGUGAUCGUUCUGGAGAUGAGUACACGCGUGUUGAGUUAUGUUGUUAUGAAUGGUCUACAACAGUAUCAUUUCAGGCCAUGUGUCCGGGGGCCGAGAUGCUGAAGGAUGCACUUCUAGCUUCAUCUCUGAAUCUCAUCAGCAUGGAGAAAAGCGAUAUGAGAUUAUCAAUUGCCGCAAUGCAAACGCAAACCAUGGCGUUGCGUAAGCUGAGGGAGGGAUUCGACGAUUACAUUGCUAAUAGGGAUGUCAAGAAGAACGCACUGUUAUCAGCUACUGUAUUGGCGUGCUCAAUGUCAGAAUUACUAGUCAACAAGUCAUGGUCUGGCUAUGCUCUGCAUUUGAACGGUGUUGGGGCAUUGAUCGAAGAUGCGGGACCAAACGCUCUCGCAUCACGUGAUUCUCGAGUCAACUUCUUCGGCUAUCGAACGGCCCAGGUGCCCUUUAGCUUUCUCGAAAGACGGGGGUCAUUCCUCAGCCGGCCAGAAUGGAUCAAUUUCCCCUGGCGAGACUCCGACCCCUUCAACCGCCCUCGAGACACCCUCCUCGAUAUCGCGGUCCAGAUCCCCGGCCAAAUGGAGCUCUACGACAAAACGCCAAACAGAACACCAAACUGGAAUCGGCGCCAACUACGAAGGCUCAACAGAAUCGUCGCACAGCUGAAUGAGUGGAAAACUGACCUCUUUGAGAAAUACUCGGACUCGAUAUACACCACCGAAGCCGCAGCCUGGGAGGGUCUUCAUUCCGAGUACAUCAAGUUCCGUGACGAUACCGUGGCAGCCGCAUUCACGCUCUACGCCGGGGUACGCAUCGAGCUCUUCUCCCUUGUCCGACAACUCGCCGCUGACUUGAAUCCGCAUGACGAGUCCGCUCUCCUUAUCCUGAAAGGCGCGAUCCGGGAGGGCUUCAAGUGGAGCCGGAUUGCUUGUCAAUGCUUAGAGUACUUUUUCACGAGAGAGAGGAGGGUCAUGGGGAAAGUGUCUUGUUUGUUUCCGCUCGAUUCUGCUUGGGGCACUUUUAUCGAGUUGCAUGAGAUGAGGGGCGCGAAUAUGAGUUUGGAGUUGAGGUGGUGUCAGAUGACGGCGGAGAGGAUCGAGACUGUGGGAUUGCCAGUUUUUAGAGUGAGACAUCGCAUUUGA